ACUUUGGAGCAGCACCCAGCCAGAGAAGAUGGAGUGUCUCAUCCGACCAGCCAAGAGCAGCGAUUGUGAAACCCUCAUGAGCUUCAUCAAGGAAAUCGCCGCGCUUCAUAACUUACUGCAUGAGGUCGUUAUCAGCGCAGAAGAUCUGAAAGCAGACGGCUUUGGCAAAGAACCCUUCUUCAAAUGUCUUCUGGCCGAAGCACCCCCAGAAAACGCAGGCACGCAAGGUCGCCCUGUGGGCUACGCGUUGUUCUUUAUGGGAUACAGCGUCAAUCACGGACGAAUGGUAUACCUGGAAAAUCUAUACGUGGUGUCAGAAUUUAGAGAUAAAGGAGUCGGAAGGCAGUUACUGGCCAAAGUUGUGGAAGUGGCGCUCGCUGCUGGCUGCACGAGCAUGAAAUUUGCAACGAUGGAGGGGAACCGCCGGGCAAAGGAGUUCUACCUGCGGCUUGGGGCUCACGACACCACCCAGUCGGAGGACUGGCACUGCAUGGAGUUUGGCAAAGAGGCCUUGCAAAGGCUGGUCCAAGAGCUGUGAGCGCCCACCCUGCCCUCAGCCUGCCUGGGGUGGAGCAGCAGUGCCAGCGCUCAGAUCGGAAGAGCCUCUAGUCCAGUGUUGUCCAAACUUGGCCACUUUAAGAUGAGUGGACUUCAACUCCCAGCCUGGCUGGCUGGGGGAU